CAUAGAGAAACAGACAGACAAAAUACAGUGAACGAGGACAGAAAUUCAUAAUAGAAUGAAAACUUUAAUAAUAAUCACAGCGGUUCUCAUGUCUCUUUCCUGGAUUACAGGUAAUUAUAAAUGUAAUUUAUUAUAUGUCUGUGAAUAUCCAAGAAUACAUAGCAAAUUAUUAAAAUGUGCUAGUGGUAACUUUGAAAUGUAAUUAGCUACCUUUCUUUGCAAUUGUUUUAAAUAGACAUAUUGGUUUUUAUUCUGUUACUAUAUGCUAUCGGCAAUGGUUCUUUUUAUUUAUUUGGAAUAGACAACAUUUUUGAAAAUGGGUAAAUAUUUCACUUUAUAUGUCUGACUUUAAUGUUCUAAAAGACACACUCUAUCUCUUGGUCCGGCAGUACCUGUUCCUCCUGUGAAUGAUCAUUUUCCAGUGGCAGUCUAUUGUGCUGUGACACUCUGAAUUGCAGUGUACUUAAAUCAGUGCCGCACUGUGACAUAAAUAUCUUUGGCUGCCUGACAUUUAAGGGAAUUAAUUUUUGCUCUUGCAUUUAAACUUUGCUCCUGCAUUUUAACUGAUAUGCACUGUCUCAAUUUUGGGAGCGGAACAUAAUUAAUUGUGACAGGUAGAAAUCACAUCUGCAGCCCUAUAGUUAUCUUCCAUCAGUCUCAGGAUCUUGAAAAAGACCCUGGCGGUUGAAACGUUAAUUGUUGGAAGGUAACAUGAUAUAAAUAAAUAAAUAACAAAUUCGCAAAACUUGUGAGUGCACCCCUUUCUUUGUAACCAGGCAUUUUUUUGAUUUAACAAGUGUAAGGAAGUGUGCCAGGCUAAUAUAUACUUAUACACUUCUACCUGAACAACUUGAAACCCCGAUCAAGAUGUUUUUGCAAUAAUUAUUACCAUUAAAACCACGUAUUUUAAGACCUGUGAGUGCACCCUACUUUUUAUAAUUUAUGUUUACCGUGGUUUGCACCCAGGCAAGUUUUUUUUAGAUCUACUUUCAGAAGAGUGCCAAGUUAUUGUGAAUAUAUAAUAUAUACCGUACAUAUACACACUCAUGCACAAAAGUAUAUAUGUAGAACUGAUAUCAGAGAUCACAUUUUUGUAAUGCCUCGUGAAUUUAAUGUUUGAAAACUUUAUCAGUUAAACAGGUUUAUUGAUCUGCAGAAGAGUUUUUAGUUUAAUAAAAUAGAAAUCUUCGCAAUGUCUGUCUUUUUCAGCAUCCAAUCUAUAGGGAAGCAAUUUUGUUUUCACACAGUGUGAAGAAAGGAGGCACUGGAGAUAUUAGAUUAACUGCAAAGAAAGCGUUAUCUUAUCAGGCUUUAAUAUAUCUCUCUGCUUUGAACACAAUUACACUACAGAUAGUACGAUCAUGAAGAGCAAUCACACUUCCAUACAAGCAUAGCAUAACCAUCAGUUGGCAAAACAUGCCUUGAAAGACGGAAAUUCAUGUUAAUAUAAAAAAAUUUAAGAUUCAUUUGUUGAUGACUAAGACUUGACAAUUCCAGACAUUUAGUGGUAUUAUUACACGCUUUGCCAUUUUUAAAAAAAUUUUUAAUUCUUUAUUUUUGGUGUGCACAAAAGUAACAUUAAGCCUUGGUGUGCCACAACAGCGACAUCAGGGUACGUUAAUAAACAUUUGCAUUACAGGUUGUGGUAAUCGAUUAUCAGGCACAUUUUUUAGUUAAAGAUAACAAAAUUGCAACAGUUUAGGUUCUCGAUUAGCGUAAACAAUGGAUUUUUCAAUGCAAUUUAAAAUCUAAACAUGUUUAGCUCAGUGAUGCUUCAUUGGUAAAAGUAAGGUAAACAUGCAAACCUGCGUGUGGCCAUUUUUUAUUCUUUGUAUACACACACACAUUCACACAAAAUAGAAGUUUUUCACAAAUAAUUAUCUUUAAUACAGAGGGAGCAUUUAUUUAAGCAUGUUUUGCAUUGGUAUAACAAGUAAAACCGGUUCUUUAAGAGUGAAUGUGUUAUCAGAGAUUCUGUGUGUUAUAAUGCUGUAGCAGUAAUUAUAUUUGCACAAUGUUGUGGAUGCACACAAGGUUCUUAUCUUAUACGUGAUACACUUUUACAUCAGACAUAGUUUAAAUUAAAAUUCUGCUAAAAUGUUUUAAUAUCUUGAGGAUAAGCAUUAUACUGCUCAUCUUCACUAUCAAAACACAAAUAACAUGAAAUAAAUGGAAUAAAUUGAUCAAAUAUAUUUAUAGUAUAUCUAUAGCCAUUUAUACUGAAGGUCUUGUUCAUAAGGAAUAGGAUUUGUUGUUAAAGUGGAUUUGAUAAAUUGUUGUUACAAUGAAAAAUUAUGGUAAAAAACAAAACAAAAACCUAAUUUAAAAAAUAGAGAAUGGGCAAAACUUACAUCCCCCAAAUCUUCCUUUGAUGAGCAGCGACAGGCAAAUGUCACAACAACAUGAGGGCUGUUAAGUAUGUAUUUUAAAUAGAUUAAACAGUUAUUUUAUGGGCGACAAACUACUAUAAUAUCAUGUAUGGCAGCCGAUCAAGCUUAGUAAGCUAACUUACUGUUCAAUCAAUGACAUAUUUUCAAAAUUGCUUUUCAUAUGGGAAAGUAAUACAUUAAAUUCAGAGAAAAAUUUAAACCAGCAUUAGGUAACAUCACCUAUUCCUUUAUCUCCCAAAGGAAAAAUGUUUUUGUAAUUCAGUUUUAUGUAUAAAGAGAGACUAUUUACAAUAUAUUUAUUUUCCAAUCAAUAACAUAUAACAUAGCAAUGUAAUCUGCAAAUGCUGUUUUCAAUUGAGCAUCAGAUCAAAGUAAAUUCCACUAUAGCAUAAUAAAUUUUUUAAGAAUUAAUUUAUUUAAAAGAAACACUGUAUAAUAUUGAAUAAAAUAAAACUUUGGGAAAAAAAUGUAUUGUGUUGUAGAAGAUCAGAAAAGCCAUCAGCAUCUCAGAUUAGGCUAAUUUUAGCCUAUGUUCAUCCGGUGAAUUGCCUACUCAUCACUAACGAUCUCUAGGUGUAUUUGAUUAGCUUUCAUCUUGACCAGAAUCAUUUGCAAAACAAAUCUUUUUUUCUUUUCCAAGCAAAAAAUUAUUAUUUUGUGUGAACACAGAGAUUUCCAAUGUGUUCUAAGUAGGACAGAUAAUUUGUUCUAUAGCUGAGUAAUGUGCAGAUCUGUGAUAUAUAUGAAUAUAUGUGUGUAUAUGUAUAUAUGAAGAACAAUAUUUCUUUUUCUGCUCAAGCAAAUGUCUUCAGUGAGAUAUCUUUUAACUUUUACUACCUCAACAUAUUUUGCCAUUGCAUGGCAAAGUAAUGAAAUGGAUUUUGGUGAAUACAAUCAGAAUAAAUGUGUUUCUAGGGCACUACCUUGUACAUUUCUCGAACUCACUCCAACCCCCUGUGUUUCUCACCAGCCCCUCUAGCCCCCAACCCUUGUAUGUCUCUCUAAAACCACCUCCUACACCUUGUGUGCCUCUUCAGUCUGCCUCCCAAAAAUGUCUGUCUCUCCCUAGCUCCACCUACCUAUCCCUUGUGUAUCUCUCCAAAAGCACUUCCUGUUCCAGUUGUUGGCAACCUUUGGCACUCCAGAUGUUGUUGCAGUGUAGGCUCCUCUGAUGCCUUGCUAGCAUUAUGGGUGUAAAAGCAUUAUGGGAGAUGUAGUCCACAACAUCUGUAGUGCCAUAGGUUGCCUACCCCAGCCCUACUCAUUUUGUGUCUCUUCGGACCAUCUCCUUACCCACUGUGUGUCUCCACAUCUUCCACCCAACCCCCUCGGUUCGAUUCCAUACCGCACGUGCUAAUAUUGAAGUGCAGACAGGUGGCAUAGAAUCUGCAGGUUUCUCUGCUUCAUUGAGUAAGGGGAAAAACCCAGGAUAUAAUGUUCACUUAUAUCUCUAUUUCCCUUUACUCACAUUGCACACCACUCUGAGUUUCAGUGAAAAACCAGGCAGAGGAACAUGCAGAUCCUAUAAUGUGAUCCAGCUUGGCCGUCCUGCUGUGUACUAUGUCCAACCUUCUCCAAGCUGUCACCUUGAAUGGACCUCUUCCACCCUGUCUCCCGUUAGUCCAGAACUGGAACCCAUUUACCAUUCACCCUAUUCCAGUACCAGUCUUGCAGAACCUGCAGAAAAACAAAUACUAGCUCAAUCCAGUAGUACGGUAAUUCCCAGUAAUAUAGGCUUCUAAUAAGCAUUGUGUGUGUCCCCUCCUUUCCAUGAUGUAGAGUAGCAUAUAUUGCUCAAUAGCGCAAUAUAUUGAUGUACAUUGCAUUUUCCCCUUACUAUGGACCCAGUACCUUAUUAUAAUUGUCCCUUUUAGUGUGUACACUCAUCUAAGCCUAGCUUUCUUCACAUUUUGUACCAAACCUUUUAUACUUAUAAUAGCACUAAUUAAUUGUAUAUUAUCAUUGACCACUGUACAGUAGACACUGAGUGACCAGGGAUAGCACUCUUAUUACACCAGUGACUACAGUUGAGUAGUAGGAAAAUGAUAUACAAAAUAUCAUAUUCAUAUUGCAGUAUAUUAAUGUAGUUGAUGUAUAUAUGUGUGCGUGUGUGCAUAAUUACAUUAAAUAUGUAUAGAAAUAUAGCAGAUUAACAUUACUAUGCUUUGAAAUUAUUGCAGACGGUAAUGAAGGAUUCACUUCCAUCAAAGGAUCAAAACCAAGGCGAGGUAUGGUUAUUAAUGUCGCUUUUAUCUUUCUAAUGAAUAUAUUUCUUCAUUAUGGAUAUUAGAAACGUGAUGAUUUGAAUAAUAAGAUUAAAUCUGUGAAUAUUCCAGGAUAUAUAACCUUAUAAUGUCAUCCAGUUUCCUUUCUAUUUCCCUAGAAUACCAUAAAAAGAUAAACAGAUAAAUGGAGUAUUAAACGAUACACCACUAUAUAAAUGCUUUUUAUGUUAUGAUUUAUUCUAGGGAUUUCAGUGUUAAUUGCAUCUUAUUCAACUGUUUUUGCUGUGAUAAUUAAUGUAAUUAGUAGUAGCUUUUUGCACUCCUAUGUGCUAAAAAAAUCUGAUUCUAAGGCUAAUUCUACAAAUAUUGCAUCAGCAGAACAUGAUCAUUCAGUCCAUUUGACUAUUCAAUUUAGCAUACUUUGGUCCCUUUUUGAAAAUGCCCAAAAGCAUUCUGCUGUUAGCAGAUAUCACCUCACAAAGCUGAAAAUGUUUUUAAUUUCUAUCAGUUGUUUGCCCUACUGUAACCCUGUUUGGACUCAUCUGUAGUAUCUCAUAGCUACGUAGAUAGAAGUCAGAGGCUCAGUGCUGCCGUACUGACAGCUGUGACACUUGUAACAAUACUUUUCUUUCAAAUAUUUCUUAUUGAAUUUUUAAAUGUAAUAUAAAAUAGAACAUAUGCACAAUGAUACAUAUCAAUAAGAUGAUUAUUAUCAAAAAUAAUCCAACAAAAUAAUUUGUGCAAGUCAAGCAAAUAGGUUUGCAUUAAAAAUACAAGCAAUAUUAUAUCAUAAUAACAAUUGGAGUGAUAAUGUGCUAUAAAGUAUGUUACCAAUCGUGAUUACCGUACCAAAUAUAUCCACUAAUGUGCUACAACAGGUCAACACGGUAAAGAAACUUGACUCAACCUGUUGGGUGGAGUAGAGCCUUAAUCUUCCCAAGUGUUGACAAUACGAGAAAACAAAACAUUAAUAAAUAGAGAAAAGAGGGUAUGACAAUACUUUUUUCUCUCUGUAAUUCCCACGUUUUUCUAUUUAUUAUUGUUUGUUUGUUUUUUUCCUUUUCUACUCCUUUCCUAAUGGUAUGGGGAUAUUUUCAUGGUACCGAUUAGGCCCCAUAGUUUCAGUGAAAUUACAUCACCAUUACAGCAUGCAAUGACAUUGAUGGUUCUAGGUGAUUUGGGGCAUCCAAUAUUGUGGCAACAUUUUUUGGGAGAUUCUUCUGCAUUUUUAGCAUUAAAAUGCCUUGCCCAUGAAGCAAGUGCCUUGCCCAUAAAACCAGUAAACCUCUGAUGUUAAUGUACAAACCUGCCACAGAUUCAUAAGGUCAAACAAACCAAGAUCAAGAGUAAAAAAUGCAAUAAAAACUCGCUGUUUCGGUACCAAGAGGAAACCACGACAGGGCACUGACUGUGGGCCAGGAAAUAUUGAUAUAAUUCAGGACUCAAUGAUUGGUCCACAUCACCCCCGUGAUCCCAAAACAUGUGUGAACGAGGUCCAAGGGAUGAUGUGGAUGGUUACGAACGGAUAUGCCGUAUCACGUCCUUUCAUUAGAUAAAGGUACAUGCCGCGAGCAGGCACCUCCUUCCAUGCUGCCCAAAGAGUAAUUGUCUACCAGAUCGGGGCGUGCCAUGCAGAUGAAAACGUCAGAAUGCUGUGCCGAUUGGAUAGGUACUAUGACAUUACCUUAUUGAAAUUUUCCCAUUUUAGGGCUGUGCUAACGUAAUGAUUUUUCCUCUCUAUAAAACAUCUGUUCAUUCUUUGUUAAUCCAUUGAAUUAAAUCCAUUGAAUUAAAUCUACCUAUCUCUCAGUACUUGUAAACAGGGUGAACAUGUGCAUGAUGUAUUGACGACCAUCUCACACUGAAAUCAUAAUAGUUUUUCUUUUUUAAAGCAAGGUCAAAAUUUAGCUUAAUGACAUGUAUUUAGGACACAGUUUAAAUACCAGAUUCUGUAAACACUGCUAUUAGAAUGCAUGCAAGGCAGUCUGUGAAACUCGUGUGAUUCUCUAUUUAGUAAAUGAAAUGUAUGCAGAUCUAUUCAGAAGAGAGCAUCAGGAGGAUUUCUUACAUUUCUAAAAAAAACUAUUUCUCAGGCUUUAAACAACCAAACCUAACAAAUUAUGCUUCAUGCAUAAGUUAUGUCCUUGUCUCUCUAUGUUUACUCAAGACAGAUGCAAGUUGCAAACCCAGUGCAACUACUAGUCCAUUCCCUCCCUUGGAUAGCCUGCAGGAGGAAACUAUCCAUUCUUUAUUUUUGUUUUUUGAUUCUUUAUUUUUGACUGACUGUUAGCACAAAAAAUACAGUUAGCAAAAAUCCAGUACUUCGAGGUAAUCAUAAUAGAUGAGAAUAUACGUGAUUUUAUGUGAAGGCAAUUGUUUUGAGAUAUACCCUAGAGUGCACCCUUAUACGUCAAGUAUUUUUUCUUAUUAUUAAAAGUAAGAAGGGUACAGGAACAGCACAGCCGUUAACGUCAUGUCCUAUUAUCACUUCAAAGGGUAAGAGGUGACAGAAAGGAACAGUAAGAAAAAGCAUACAGGGAAGAAAGGAGGUUGCUGUUGGUGCCACCAAUCCCGACCAUAUUAUUGACCAUGCGGUCCAGCCCAAAAUAUCUUUAAAAAGGCAGGCCCCUUCAAUUAGUCCACAAACUCACUAGCACUCCAGGGCUCCAAGAUCUUCGCAAACUUAUGCUGUGAGUUCCUCACCUGAGCCGUCAAUUUCUCCAUUAGACAGUUAUCUUUUAUUUUGUCUGUUACUACUGAAAUAGAAGGAAUAGUAGGUUUAAGCCAGGCUUGGGCCAUAUCCCAUCAAACACAACAUCAAACACUGUAGAAUUUACGUUUUCUUCCUUGCAAUGGAGGUCUUGGACGUGGCGUUCCACCUAUUUGGCUAUGUGAGUUUCUUUUUUGCACAGCUUUCUUAGCAAUUGCUAAGUUAAUAGCAGCAGUGCCGUGGUUGUCAGCUUGGACAGUGGUCACAAUCCUAUAAUAAUUUUUACGUUUUUUUUUCAAUCUAAAUCACUUCAAAGGGUAAGAGGUGACAGAAAGGAACAGUAAGAAAAAGCAUACAGGGAAGAAAGGAGGUUGCUAUUGAUGCCACCAAUCCCGACCAUAUUAUUGACCAUGCGGUCCAGCCCAAAAUAUCUUUAAAAAGGCAGGCCCCUUCAAUUAGUCCACAAACUCACUAGCACUCCAGGGCUCCAAGAUGUUCGCAAACUUAUGCUGUGAGUUCCUCACCUGAGCCGUCAAUUUCUCCAUUAGACAGUUAUUUUUUAUUUUGUCUGUUACUACUGAAAUAGAAGGAAUAGUAGGUUUAAGCCAGGCUUGGGCCAUAUCCCAUCUAGCUGCCAAGAUAAGCUUAUGAUAGACAUUUUUGUUCCAUUCUAGUUGACCCCUCUAACGAUGAAACUAUCCUUUUUAAUGUCUAUGUGAGUUUCUUUUUCGCACAGCUUUCUUAGCAAUUGCUAAGUUGAUAGCAGCAGUGCCGUGGUUGUCAGCUUGGACAGUGGUCACAAUCCUAUAAUAAUUUGUAAGUUUUUUUUUCAAUCUAAAUUUUUACCGUUUUUUUUUGUUGAGCACAGACGACCACUUGCUCCUGCUACAUGGACAAUAUCUGCAUGAUAUCUUGGGCUAAAGUGCUGGAAAAUUUUCUUGAAGAAACCCUACAGAUUGGAGAAGCCGGCGCACACCUGUAGAUACCAAAUCUGACGCCUGCAGUACCCAGGAACUGUGACAGCGGGUUGAGGCCUACAGGAGCAGGUGGAGUGGGAAGGUGGCUGCUUUCCGCUCCCUGACCUAAGCCGCACACAAACACUAAUCAUACACUCCCUCUCCCCCCUGUGGACUGGUGAGGAUAUCCCGGUCCCCACCGAACGGAGAUAGCUUAGCCUCAUACCUGACAAAGAGGCCGACAGAACAGAGGUGAAGAUCUCCAAGAUGGUGGUCCUAAUUAACUCGGCUACACAAGGCAAGCAGCUGCAGCAGCCUGAAAUGCCCAGCACCACUCUCAAUGUCAGGGACUCCCUCGAUGAUAUUUUUGACAGAUUCUGGGCUCAACUGCUGGCCCGCACAAGACCUGCUGUGGCUAUUCAUGCACCACCUACCGGGGAUCAAGUUCGCAGUACGAGGAGGCCCGGGAAACGUCUUAUGUUGUCCCCCACUCCUACACUUUGCAAAAGAUGCCCACCUGGACUGAGGGCACAACAGGUCCAGACCCACAGGUACCGGCCACACAAGCGGAGGGCCGCAAGACGCACACGACAACGCACACCUGACCCACACAGGGCCCACACCGCCCUCCCGACGGGGAAGACCGACGGGGAAGACCUUGAAGGACUCCAGGCUCGUGGCCAGAGGGUACCAGCUCUUGCACAGCUCCAGGGCCGGAGAGGCACCUCACCUCCACAAUGCUGCAUUGCUCCCCUGAGUGGACUGAGCCCAUAUACAAGCGGUGACCACUCCUCCAUCAGAAAAAGCCACGGACCGCAACACUUGCACAACGCAGGUAUUGGGUGACUGUCCCCUCUUGCACCUCUGGUGAGGGUCCGCAAAGUGGCUAUUGCGCCUUCAUUCGGCUCUGUAGCCUUGACACAGAUGACUGGUUACGGACCCCGGCAACCCACAAGCACCAACCUCAUCUUUAACCAUGCCAUGUUAUUAUUGCAUAAUCUUAGUUCAGUAUGUUUCAUAGCACUACCUCCUGCAAGUUAUGCCUGUUAGGUAGCAUACUCUUCAUUAGCUGUCUUAGUCAGUUACACUGCACCCUCACAGGCAUCCAUAGCCUAGCGGGCAGCAUUGCUAUAUAAUGGUAACCUCGGUAUGCUUUUUGGGGCUCGCUGAUGCCGAGUAGUAAACUCCAUAAGUCCUGCAGUGCUGACCAAUGUAAAUCCAGCCUGUCUUUUUUUUUUUUUGUGCAUAGUGUGAACAAUCAUGUUUGCACUGCCAUGAUAGCUGGUACAAGCAGUUAUGGAAACAUAUAUUAACAUUUGUAUGGCAUUGAAGGACAUUGCACAGUUGUUGUUUUUUUUAUAGUCAGGAUAGAGAACAUGUUAAGAGUUAAACCAGCUUUUAUGAUUAAACAGUAUGGUAAAGCUUAUCUCAUAUUGUAUGUUGUAGGUACUAAUAAGUAAUAUGCUAGUGCCCUCAGUAACUCAGUGGGAGCAAGGCUAAAUAUCAGGCAUGUUGUGCACUAAACGUAAGAGGGGAGAGUGAAACAUAUGGCAGAGGGCUAUAUCAUAUCCGGUUGUAGUAUGUUAUUAAACAUGCCAUGUUCUAGCUUGCAUUGCUGCACUUUAUAGCAUAGUAAAACCCUCAUAUAUCUCGUUUACUCCGUGUCUAGUAUCUAUCGAUUGGAGCAUACUUUGUUGUGGGGGUUUGUUCUGGGGUGGAGUUGUGGUUGCGGUGGCGUGGGAUUGUGUAGUGUUACCACAGUAGGGAGGCAUGUCCUUCUAUCCAAGGGUCCCAAAUUUUAUGGAAGGAGUUCGGUGUGUCAUGCAUUUGUGCCGUUAGUUUGUACAUGUCAAUACUGUCCAAUAUUUUGUGGUGGGUAUGUGUGGGGUGGACCAUGUUUUGGCUAUCGCCCUGCGAGUGGAUAGGGCUAUUCAGGCGAUGAGUUUGUUUUCGUUGUGGGUGAAGGGUUCAAUGGGUUUUGAGAGUAGGAGAGCCCAGGGGUCUAGGGGGACUGGUCUGUUUAGUAGUCUGGUUAGGAGGGACGUUAUGGUUUUCCAUAGGGGGACUAGCUUCGGGCAGGUUGACCAGCAGUGGAGAAAGGUGCCGGUUUCACUGCAUUGUUUCCAGCAGAGGUUAGAGGAAGUGCAUUUCAUUGCCAUAAGGCGUGGGGGGUGAGGUACCACCUGAAAAGCAUUUUGUAUGCUUGUUCUUUAUGGGUGACACAGAUCGAUAUUGAUUUGAAUGAUGUCCGUGGGGUCGUCCAAGGUCCUUUUCCCAGGCUGAGAUGUAUGGCAGAAUGACUUGGGAGUGGUGUGUGGUUAGUGUUAUGUAUAGAUUGGAUAUCUGGCUUUUUCGAGAUGGAGUUCUAAGGCAGUCCCGUUCGAACUCGGUGAGAGGUGAGGUAGCUGCCAAGCGGAUUGUGUCUGACGCGGCGAAGCUCCAGAGUUGGAGGAAUCGGAAAUGGUCAAAGGAGUUUAGGGUGUCAGAGUUGGGGAUUUCAGUGUAUUGUAGCAGUUUGCUGUUGGGGUACAGAUGUCCUAGCCUGACUAUGUCUCUUUCCUCAUAGUGUGCGUAGUGUUGUGGGGUUAGGCCUGGUGGGAACAGCUGGUUGCGGGGUGAGCGGUAGGGGUGAGCGGUGAGAGACCUGUGUAUAGGUCGAAUUUAUUGCUGAGUCGGUCCCAGAGGUCUAGGGAGUAGGUGAUGGCAGGUGAGGUGGGGGGUGGCAGUGGUCUGUACUGUUUGGGGAGCCACAUAUAUUGGGAGGGAUGGUCUCUGCCAAAAAUUAGGUGUUCUAGGUCCACCCAUCGUUUGUGAGUUGGAGGUGCCAGUAUUGGAUUUGUGCAAGGUGGGUUGCGUGUUGGUAAAGCAAAAAGUUGGGAAGGCCCAGGCCACCUGAGGGCUUGGGUACAUAUAGGGUUGAGCGUCAUACCCGGGGUUUUUGGCCAUUCCAUAUAAAUUGAUCUAUAGCAGUCUGUAGGUGUUUGAGGUCGGAUUUCUUGCAGGGAAUGGGUAAAGCUUGGAAGGCGUAUAAGAAUUUGGGAAGGAGGUUCAUUUUUACAGAGGCCACUCUCCCUAGCCAGUAGAUGUUCAUGGUUUUCCAGCGGUGGAGGUCUUUGUGUGUCUUUGUGUGCUUUACGUAAUAAGGGGGGGUAGUUGGCCGUGUAUAGGGAGGCAGUGUCGUUGGUCAGUUGAAUGCCUAGAUAUGUGAUGGCUGUUGGGUUGAUGUGGAAGGGGAAUUUGCUUUUUAGGGCGUUAAGGACAUUGUCGGGGAGGUUGAGGGGUAAUAAGUCAGAUUUGGUUGCAUUAAGGAGGUAUCCCGAGAUUGUUGAGUAUUCUUGUAGUGUCGUCAGGAGAGCUAUUAUGGAUGGUCCGGGGUUGGUUAAGGUUAGGAGUAUGUCGUCUGCAUAUGCUGUGACUUUGAAUGUUUCGUCCCUGACCUGUAACCCUUCAAUAAGUGGGUUCUUUCGUAUGGUCUCUAGAAGGGGCUCCAGGGAUAGGGCGAAUAAGAGAGGGGAGAGAGGGCACCCAUGACGUGUGCCGUUUAGGAUUGGGAAGGAGGUGGGGUUGUGUUGGGAAUUAGUGGUUGAGCGGUGGGUUUGUGGUACAUUGCUUGUAAAAAUUGGCCUCCCUGCGUCCAGGGAGAGUAUUAUUGUUGGGAGGCGUCUGUGGUUGGCGUACCAUAUUAGGUCUAUUGUUCUUCUUGUGUUGUCUGGUGCUUGUCUGUGUGGGAUGAAGCCUACUUGGUCUGAGUUGAUUAGUUGUCGUAGAAGGGGGUUCAGUAUAUUGGUCAUGACUUUAGUCAUUAUUUUUAAGUCCACGUUUAGUAGGGAGAUAGGGCGAUAGUGGCCUAGGUCAUCAUGUGUUUUUCCUGGUUUUGGUAGUAGAGUGAUGUUGGCUUGGGUCAUGUCUGGGGGUAGCGGUUCACCACGCAGCAUGGUGUUGAAGACCCUACUGAGUCUGGGGAUGAGUAUGUCGCUAAAGGAUUUGUAGUAGAUGGCUGUAAGUCCAUCUGGUCCCGGGCAUUUCUUGGGAUUUAGGGUUUUUAUUGCUGCUAUUAGUUCUUCCGGCUCGAUUUCUGCAGAGAUGAGGGCUCUGGCUUCAUUGGUAAGUGAGGGGAGGGAGAGUUUUUGGAGAAAGUCGUCUGUAAGUGAGUGGAUGAGUUCUGAGGGGGGGUCGAGUGUGUGAUUGUAUAGUUUUAUGAAGUAUUGCUGAUAGGUUUCGCCUAUCUUAUGUGGGAUUUCGCUAAUUGUGCCAUCUGAAGUGCGGAUUUUAGAGAUUCGUUUUGUUUCAGUCAGGGUUUUGAGUUUCUUGGCUAACAUAGAGUCUGGCUUGUUUUUUUUCAUAGUAUUUUUGUAUUGUCCAUGUGAGUGCUUUAGUGGUUGCUGAGAGGGAAAGGCUUUUGAGUAGAGCUCUAACUGGUGUUCUAGGUGUUGGGGUGGGGGGUUUUUUUGUGAAGAGAUUCUAGGCGGCCAAUUUCAGUUAUUGUUUCCAUUAGCCGCUUGUUGUGUUGUUUUUUAUGGGCUGUCGCUAUGGCUAUGAGUUUACCUCUGAUAACGGGUUUAUGGGCGGCCCAUACGGUGAUCGGCGAGGCGACGGAGGGUUCGUUCAGGGUGAAAUAUUCAGCUAGGUCUUUUGGAAGGGUUGUAGUCACUAGUUUGUCGUGAAGGAGUUGCGGGUUUAGUUUCCAGGUCCAUGGUCUGGUCAAGUUGGGGAUUGAGAGGGUUAGGGAAAUGUCGGCGUGGUCCGACCAUGUGAUGUUGCCUAUGGAGGUGUGUGUGACUCUGGUGGUGAGGUUGGGGGAAAUUAGGAAGUAGUCAAUACGGCAGUAAGAAUUGUGGGGGUGGGAAUAGAAUGUGUAGUCGAGUGUCGAGGGGUGUUGAGCCCUCCAGAUGUCCAGGAGGUUAUGUGUUUAGGAAAUGGGAAAAGAGGGUGUCGUUAGUAAAGGGUCUGGUUCCUCCAGUGGGUCUAGCAGAGCUGUCUAGUAUUGGCAUGUUGGUUGCGUUGCAGUCGCCGCCUAUUAUGGUGAACGUUGUGCGGUGUGUUGUUAGAUGAGUAGAGAUUGUGGGCCAGCAUGUCUGGUCUGGGGUUGUGGGUGCGUAUAGGGAGGUGAUGGAGUAGGUUGUGGGGCCGAUUUUGCCUGUCAUUGUCAGGAAUCUCCCUGAUUUGUCUGGAAAUGCCUUUAUGUCAGAGAUGCCCUUGGGUUUCGUGUUCCGUGAGUGUGUUGAAAAGGAUCGGUUGUAGUGUUUACUCUUGAGUUGGAAGUGCUUAUGAGAGGUAAAGUGGGUUUCUUGGAUCAAGAGGAUAUCUGCUUUCUGGCUGUGGGCCCAGCGUAGCAUGGAGUGGCGUUUCUUGGGGUUGUUGAGGCCUUUAGCAUUAUUGAGAUGCAAUGUAGUUUGAGUGGCAUUGCCUGGGGUUGUACGGCUGUGUGUUGUGGUGUGAGGUGGGGGUAAGGUGGUUGUUCAGGAGGAAAGGGGGGGAGAGAGGUCUGGAGGAUCCCAAAGGGCAGCGAGAACGGGGUGUGGGUUGGAUAGAGGAGGUGGGUGCUGGUCUUAUUUCAAGUGCCAGCAAAGGUGGUCUGUGUUGCCAGCGGUCUCUCAGCCUUUGGGGUCAGGGGCCAGUGGCAAGAUACAGAGUUGGUGGGGGAGUGAUCAGCUGCCAGAGAGUGGCGAGCAAGCAGGAGGGCUGUAGGGAGUGGGUGUGUUUGCUGAUUACAGAACCUGUUUAACUGGGGUCUGGGAUGCGACUGGUGUUCCCCCAGCGCCCCCAUGCCCCACCCCAGCCUGAGGGGAAGGGGCACGUUGGGGCCACAGGGUCACCCCUGGGGGGAAGGCAUGGGAGUUUCGUGUGAACUAUGUACAAGCUGUCACUCUUUGUGAUGUGUCGCGUUCUGCCUAGGUGGUUAGGUGAUGUGGGUGCGCGUCUUGAUUGGUGUGCCAUUUGAGUUGGGGGGCCAUUAUUUUGGGGACUGACCCUGUCGGAAUCAGUCUAUUUGGUGAUAUGUUUGGGUUCUGCAGGUAACAGAUUGCACACCUGGGGUUGUUAUAUGUUGUUAAGCAGAUGUUUGGUUUCAGAUAGUAGUUCUCUUCUUACAGGUUGGGAGAGCUUAGGCUGACGGGUAGGUACCCUAGAGGCGGGGCCCGCAGUGCUCAUGCCUGGGUGAGGUGUGGGGGGCACACAGCUGUUCGGUUCUGGGAGCAUUGGCUUGGCUAGGUGGUGUUGGGUUGCGAGGCCACCGCCCCAAACACAGGCAGGAUAAGUUACUCAGUUGGGUUUCGGGGUUUUGUUGCGUGUCUUUGUUUUUGGAUACAUACAUAUAGCAGGUACAGUCAGAAAGGCAACAAUACAGUGGUAAAUAUUAACGUAAGUAUGAAUAGAUAAAUAUAUAAAAUGGAGAUUUGUGUGCUUUUUUUGUGUUAUAAGCAUCCCAUCACUCCGCCAAUAGCUGGAGCAGGGUGUCUGUAGGCAGGGAUUGUUUCUUUACGCAUCGUGGUGGGCAGGAAGGGCAGGAAGGGGAGGGGGGGUGCCCAAGCCUUUUAUUGUUAAGCCAAGGUUCGGCCCUCGGAGGGGUCUAUGUGUCCCAUAUAUGGCUAUGGCAGAUCUGUGGAGAUGUGCCUUGUGGCCUAUUUUCACGUGCUAUUGUCGAAGGGAGGCAAGAGGGCAGCCAGGACCCCAAGUCCCGCGUCCCCAGCCCGAUCUCCGACCCCAGAACCCUGGUUGUGGCCUAACCGGGUUUUGCCAUGUGUGCCGACCCCGAGCCGGAGCGCCCUGAUGGGAGUUGGCGCAGGCCGGGGCGCGCCGGAGCCAGGCCGGAAUACCACGGCGGUCCUCGGGGGGGGGAGAGCCCCAGUCUGACCAGGCCCCAGAGGCGCCAAAGUUAACAGUUAUUUUGUGCAUCACAUCACAAGGCCGUCACGGCCCGUCGCUCCCCCCGAUCCACGCUAUCACAUUUAUGCUUUACAUAUUAACGAUGAUAUGAGUACUUCUUAAGGCUAUAGUGAUAUGGGUUGGAAUAAGCUAGGAAUAACAUUCACAAUAAAUAAAGUUACUAAUCGUUUGGCCUAUAACAUUAAAUCAGUGUGAGAGUAAUUAGAAGGAGACAGCAGAUCCGCAUAAAUUAACAGACUGAGAGUUCGUGUUGCAGCAUAGAAAACUUUUCUCCAUGCUUGGGUGAAGCUUUUAGGUCUCAGUCCUCAGGGUGGCCCGUAUUUAGCCGACGCCCGCUCUAUGGAGACGCAGGGGUUGUGGGUAAUCCGCUCGGGCCGGGAAGCACAAGCCCAUUGUGUAUAAAGUCCCGAUGCCCAUGCUGGUUCUCGCUGUGUCACAUGAAGAGUGAGUCCCAGUAGCCUCCUGGCGUGUGUGGGGGGGUAGUAACCUUGCCUGCUUCGUCUCGCCGGACCCUUUUUAAAGCCCAUGUGGGGUGUUCACCGCUCCGGUUAGUCUCACCUUCACGAGUGUGAGCCUGGGAGGUGGUGAGUUCUGCCUGAUGGACGGAGGUUUCAGGUGCCGCUGAGUGGUAAGCGGAUUGUGCAUACCGGGCGGUCCCCCAUUGGUGUGUAUAGGAACGGGUGCUGGCGCCCGGGGGAUAUGGCGAUGUUUUCCGCCAUCCGGGUCCUCGGCAUUGCCUCCGAAGGGAGGCUGCUCUGGAGGCUCUGGGCGGGUGCCUACAUAAGUGGCGCUGGGUUGCAGUGCCAAUCCAAUUGGGCCCUGGCACUUUUGUUUGACUGCAGGCUUUGUCGCUUGUUCGGGAGUAUUCGUCCCCAGUGAGGACCGGGAUAUCCCCCACCAGAGGGGGGGUUGGCAGGGCAGUGUUUGAUUCUCGCUUGCGAGCGGGGUCCCGUGCCAGGUGAUCGGCCGCCUCCCCCAGACCUCAGGCUCCGCUCCGGUUUAGGCCGCAUGGCUGGUUCAGGCUCUCGAGUUGGGUUUCGGCGCGGGACAGAUAUCAUUCUGUCCCUGCGAGGUUCUGUGUCAUUUUCUGAGCACCUUGUGCUGCUGGCUUCAUUUGUUUGGUCAGGAUUUUUGCGCUUGCUGGUGCUGGAGCUUUCAGAGAGCACGUCCGGCCAUCUUGGAUGUCAGGCCCCGCCCCCAGGCCUGUCUUUUUAAUCAUUCUUUUUUUUUCUUUCUCUUGCAUGUUUUUAGUAGCAAUCACCAUGUCUGACUAGUCUAACGAUUAGUUUAUAUUUCAGGUGUGACAUGUUGAUCUAGCCUCCAACUACUACUACACAUAUGUUUGUUUAAUAAGCGUUGCAGAUAUAGUACUCCUCUUUUUGCACUCUAAUGCAUAUGCCCAGCUCUCAUACACGUUGAUAUCACUAUCCCAGCUAUCACCAUGCCGCUAGUUUGUCCAGUGUUGACAGCAUGCCAGAAAAUGGCAUUAGCCGAGCAGACCCACAUGGGCCCUCUAAUGUAAAGUCUAGCAUUAAUGCGUUACAUGAUUGAUUUGCUGCAUGAAAAAUUGAAGCAAUGUCAGUUAAACUAACCACACUGAUUACACUGGACACCAUUAAACGUCUAAUUAACGUAGAAAAUAUGACCGUAAAUGCAUUUGGCUAAAAGGGUCUUAACCAUGCAAAACACGCAGAGACAUGCACUAAUUAGCCUGUACUCUACAUUCUGUUUAACUAUGGUGCAGUUUGAUUUAAUCGCAUGCCUUGCAACUUAUGUGUCCUGCUUUAUAUCAUAACUAGCCUAUGAUGAUCUUACUAAACCUUUCCCUAACUAUAAAAUUGUGCAAGUACUAACGUAUACCUCAAUGUUACAGAUGUUUGAAAAAAGCAUGAGGAUUGCCAUUGGGGUAGCCCAUGAGCGUUUGUUAUACUCAUAUGCACUGCAAAAAAAAUAAUAUAUAUAUAUAUAUUUUAAAUUUAUUGAUUUCGUUUAAAUAUAUAAAUUACCAUAUGAAUUACUGUCUUGCAAACAGUUUAAUAAUAUUAUAAUAUUUGUUAUAAAAGUACUAUAAAAAUAACAUUAGGUAUAUUGUAGACAGCUGGCAAUUAAACUAUAAUAAUAAAUAAGAAUACAGUAAUGAGGAUCUCUUAGCAUACUGCAUUAAUAGGUUUUCAUUUCUACACAAAUAAACUACUGUUUACAUACGGUUUAUAUUAUUUUACAUUUAUAUGCACAAUGAAUCUGUUUGUUAAACUUAGCCAAAGCAAUGUGGCAUUGUGUGAUGGGUGAAUAUAUAUAUAUCCUAUGUACAAAGCAGCUUUCUUUAUCAUUGGCACUACAUCAAUCUGAUACACAGAAAUUCUUUGUACAGAACAGAUACUAAAUACACAGUGCAAGGCAACUGUAAGUACCAAGUAAAAAUGCAUUUUAUGCUAGCUUUAGAACAUUACAUGCACAUUCAAUAAUGACGAAUACAAUACCGCAUGUAUAGCACUACAAUGUCAGACGUUUUUCAUUGCUUUUUUAUUUGUAGUUCGCUACUUUGUAUGUAUGUUUCUAUACCUUUUAACAUCUACAUGCCUCUUUUUCUUUUACAAACUUCUUUGACAAAGAAGUGCAUUUGAUUCAUUUAAUGGGCAAGACUGAUAAUGAGAGACUUGAGUAACUAUAGACAAUAGACUAGACAACAAUAUUAUUAUUAUCAUUAUUAUUUAUAAAGCGCCAACAAAUUCUGUAGCACAGUACAAUAGGAGGACUAACACAGGCCUUGACAAAUCCCAGGUUUUUUGUCCUGGCACCUGGGAUUUGUGGGCAUGUUCCCUACAAGGUGGGUAGCGAGGGAGCUAUGAUGUCACUCUGGCCCUGGCAUCACUAAGCGCAAGGGAGCAGAACAAGAAGAUCACAGCUCCCUCGCCGCCUACAGUAUGCACAGCCGGCCACCCACCUCCCCUCUCCCUAGGCCGCCCACUGGGCCCCAGGGAAAGCCGAUUCACUCCAGCUCUCCCAAAGGUAGAGGGGCUGAAUGGACUUAAAUUAAAAUAAAACAUAUAAUAUCUCAGCCGAUCCAAUGAUUUUCCAUAGAAAAGUAUUGGAAAGGUGUUGUGCAUGCACUGCAAAACACUGUGCCAAUCAGCAUCUCCAUAUAGAGAUGCAUUGAAUCAAUGCAUCUCAAUGAGGAAUGUUCAGCACCUCCUUACACAGCGUGGAAAUGCUAAAUGUAGGUGCUGCACACUAUGCAGCACUGAUAUAGGAAGCACCUCUGGUAGCCGACUGAGUGACUGCCACUAGAGGUGUCACUAGGGAGCAAUGUAAACACUGCUUUUUUCCCUGAAAAGGCAGUGUUUACAUUGAAAAGCCUGUAGGGUCCUGGUGACUACAGUGUCCCUUUAAAACAUUAUUUUUUGUCAUUAAAAAUAAAGCUUUCUAAGACUAAAAAAUCCUGCCUCCUAACUUUUUUAGCUUGCUCCUAGAUUCAAAGAAAAUUUGUUGAGCCCUAGCAUCUUAGUGGAUAUCAAUGCCAUCAAUGCCCUCAAUGACUUGUUUCUUGUGAUGUCAGCUGAUCUAAUUUCAAAAUCUUCUACCACUGACCUGACCAUUGUUAAUACUGUGGUAUUCUCAGUACGCGUUUCUUUCUUUAAUGCAAAAAAUGGUGCUAUCCCCUCCAUAUAUGCUGGUAGCUGCCUGUGACCAUCUUGAUAUCAUUGACAUGUUAUAACUCGCUUGUUGUGUAAUGAAAGCACCGCAAAAAUAAAGAAUGACAAAAAUAAAAAAAAUUGCAAGUCCUGCUAACAGAUGUAAUUGCAACAAGAUGAGUUUGAAGCACAGGGACAGAGGGUAUUGAGGCAUAUGCAAUAAAGUUGCACAGGCCUGAAAGGUAUAUAAUAAGGGUAUAAAUUUACACGAUUAAGACCUCAUUUUCAAUACACAGGGACAUUUUGGCCACCAGUUAUAAAUAAAGGACAUGAGGGAGAUUAGAUAUAGUGCAAAGCAGGCUACACAAUUAACAAAUGGGGAACGAAGAAGGUUAGAAAACCUGAAAUGAUUUACUUUAGAAUACAGACAGCCCAGAGGGGAAGUGAUAGCCGCCCUAUACAAAUAUAUACAGGGUCAAUGCAAAGAACUGUCUGCAAUCCGUUCAUUAACAGGACUGUACAACUGGAGGAAACAUGGUAUUACAGAGUGCAAUAUUGAAUGUAGGUGAUAAUGUGUUGGUCCACUUAAGUAUUUGAUUGCCAUUUUGAAAUUGAGAAGGACAUUUGUUACCUUGUUUGUGGCACAAUUUAUAUUAUUUUCAAACUGUUUUGUGUUACUAUUUUUUUUGCCUACUUUUGGAUCAAGAGCAGAAACAGAUUUGUUAAAUUUUGAACUUGAUAACUUGAGUAUUUUUUUUAACCUAGAUUAGUAUGUCACUAUAGCCCUAUUAAUCAAAUGUAUCCAUUUCCUUUCACUCUCUUUUAGCAUUCUUUUCAAAGCGGUCGUUUCCUCCAGUUUAUGCUGAAAAUACACAAUAUAGUAAGUUAUAUGUACAUCCAAAUGAGCACAAUUUAUAUUUUUGUCAACAACGUGCAGUUUAAUUGUAAGCCAGCAAUCUUUCCAAAGAUUUGUCCAAAAAUAUUUAAUCAAGGCCCGUCACCGAUAUGCAGUAAGUAAUUUGAUUGUGCAUGUAUGUUUUUAAAUUUACAUACAUUUAUAUUUACAUACUGUUUUCACAGAUAGUCUCAACUCCUUGUGUCUGUCAUGUCCCGAAGAAUGCACCGAUAUCAUCACAAGAAACACAUACCAACAGAUAGGUACAAACUUCCAGAUGAAAAUAUUACAUAACAAAACUAAUGUUUGAUUUUAAGAAAAUCUAUCUUUUUGAGAACGCAACCAUGUGAAGGUAUUAAACACUUUAGGGAGAAAUUAACAUUUUAAUCGUUUAAAAAUAAGAAAAUAGUUUAACUCAGGGAUAUGGUCUAGGAAAAGAAAAUAUAGGGCAAUGUGCACCAACUAGUGACUUCAGCCAGUGCAACAGUAUUUUACUUUAAAGGGAAACUAUCACUUUCCAGGAUUUUUAAUUCGUUUAGUUAUCUACCAUAUUUAACAAAUAUGUGUUUGUGAGGUCUGAAAACAACAUUUAAAUGUAGAAAUUAAAACAGCUGUUUUUAGCUCUAUUCUGGAGCAGAGUAACUUGGUGUCCUGUAAAUCAUUGUUAGAAUAUCUGCUCUCACCUAUUAUUUAAAAAAAAAAAACACCUCCCUACAACUUGCAUCAAAUAUUGUAGAGACACCGGUAGCUCAUUGUCAGGAAGGAACAGAGUAAGUGGAAAAAGAGAAACAAUGAGCAUAAAAAAGUAAGUAUAAAAAACCUUUCUAGCUUAACGUUCUAAAAGUAGAGCUGCUGCUAUGGACAAAAAAUGAAACAUGACAAUAAUUAGGGCUUGUUUGCAACGUUACCUGUAAAUCUCACCGUCCAGCCAUUAUAGAUAAAAGCUGCUGUUGCUAACUUUAGAGAGUAACACUUUCCGCAGGAUCUAAUGGAUUUGUAUUUGGCCUCUGUGGGGCGAAAGAUUGAAGAAAUUAAAUUUCUAAUAGUAAGUUUUAAAAAUGUUAUUCGCUUUUUUUCUUCUUGCAAGAUUUUUUUUUUGUUUACAGUAUUUUUGUGUCAUUCUCACUAUUACCAGAGUUUGUUUUAGGUGUUUAGAGUCUUCCUUUAAGACUUUAGUAUAUCCAAUCUUAGAGUCAAUUUAUUGUUUUUGAUUUUUAUUUAAUACAAAAACCGCUGGAUUUUGGUCAUGGAUCCUAAGCUGGUAAAGCAUCAUGAGCUUUACAGUUCUAAGAAAAUUGGUACUUACUUUUUGGACAGUUGUGUUCUAAAUAUCCUUACAUUUACAUUUGAACUGAUAAUGAGAUUCCCAAAAAUUUAAAUAAACAAAGAGGGAUACUUUUGUGUAGAGAGAACGUUUUGACAAGUACUUUUUCUACAUAAACUUCUAUAAUUGCUCUGAGUAGAGUAGCUAGUACAACGAUAAGUAAUGGUUCUCAAGGAUGGCUGGUUAGGAGAGAUGCUAUUUAAACACCGUGUGGACAUCCUGGAUGAGGGAUAUCUGAAUUUGCCCUGAUGCCUUUACUAUCCUUAUGUGUAAUAGAUAUACUGUGAUAGAAGAGUUUUUACUUUUGGGUUAUACUGUUCUCUUCGUAGGUGGAAUGAAGAGGGAGAUUCAAGACAUCCGGUCUCAUAUCUGCUUUGUAGUCUGUGCAGCUAAAUGUUUGAAGAACUGGAACAAUCUCUGAUUGGAAGAUGGUUCCUUUAAUUCCCAAGGGAUUUCGUUGAGCCUUAAGAAAUUCAGUUUGGAAAAUCAGACACUAAUCUGCAUGGUUGAUUUGUAAUAUAAAUAUUUCAUGUAUAAUUCAUCUGUAAUUAAUACAAAUCCAAGCCUGUACAUCAAAUCGCAUACCUUUAAUGUUAUACUGUAUGCAUGUGUAAUGUAUGUAGGGAUACACAUAAAGCGUAUAUCUUUUUAUGAUCUCUCUAAACAACAAUUUAAAAAAAUUGAAUUAAAAACCCCUGAAGUUUUAUGACUCGAAUGUGGAUGGUACAGAGUGUCAAGUGACACUACUCGUUUUCUUAGUAUGUAUAUAUUUACGUAUAUAUAGGCUUUUAAGAGAUGCAUUAUUGCUGCACUGUAUGAUACAAGUUCAAUCAAUGGAAUAAAAAGAAUACAAACAAAAAUUGCAUUGCUAGUUUUAUACAGUGGUUCUAU